UUCUUUCCUUCACUUCGUUUAUUUCUUCCGCCAUGAGAACUCCUCUUUUUUUAAGCUCUAAGCCACUUACCAAAGUGCUGUUGUUUAAUUUUUUUAUCCCAGUUAUUUUUAAUGUACAACACAUUUAUUGUCUGGAAUUAUCCACAUCAAGUGUGGAAAAAGGUAUUCCCCAUCAACCCGACUGGUUGAUUCAAACCAGUUCUCCAAAUGCUCUUCCUUCCAAAAUCAGUGAGACAUGCCUGGAUCACACAGAGCAAUACCUGAAAGCACUCCGUAACCGGCAAUUAUGGGCAGUAAAAAUGUACCAGUCUUCUGGGAGAUUAGCGGAACAUCUCAUUCACACUGGUAGCGGAUACGUCCAUCAUGAUUUGGGUUUCUUUGAUGAAUGUGUCUCCAUCUAUCCGUCUGACGUCCCAUUCCAAGGACAAUAUUGCACAGUGUUUUUUGAUCUCACUCCAGUUUCAAGACGACAAAAUUACGAAAAACAAAACCCCGCGAUUGACCAAUCAAUCAAGAGUGAUAAAGAAGGAGAACCUAAAAAUCACAUUUCGAAUUUUUUAAUGCCAAGUAUUGGAUUUUGCCUUCCGUCAACGUGUAGUGCGCGUGAGUUGCGCUACGCAGUCGCUCAACGUAUUGGUUAUCGACUGAUCGAAAACGUAAAUUUUUCUUUGGUCGCCAUUACAAACGAAAAUUAUUGUUAUACCAAUAACAAACUCAGCGCUCAUUGCAUAAAAUUCGAUAACAUGGCAAUUGGCGCAUUGACUGGUUUUGGCCUUUUGGGCAUUAUUGUCUUGAUAGCAACUAUUCACGAAAAAUGGAAUUACUCGGACGAAUCGGUCCAUUCCCAAAAGAUAUUUCCCGUCCAGUUGCUACAUUGUUUCUCCGCUCAUACGAACUGCCGCACAUUAUUCUCAACUCAAGAUGAUGUCAAAGACAGCUUAGCAUGUUUACAUGGCAUCCGAGUGUUAACUACUUGCUGGAUUGUUCUAAUACAUGCUGCCGGAGAAUUCAUUCAACGAAUGAGCUAUACUAGGAAUAUGGAUCUCAAGAACGCAACACGAUGGGAAUUUCAAAUAAUCACAAAUGGCUUGUUUGCAGUGGAUACCUUUCUUUUAAUAAGCGGCAUGUUAGUUGCAUUUACACAAAUGCGCCAGCUAGAUCACACUAAUGGUCUAUUUAACAUUAAACGCUUUUAUUUUCGCCGAUUCGCCAGGCUCACCCCGGUAUACGCAUCUGUGCUUGUAUUUAUAGCAACGCUGUGGCCUUAUGUUGGAACUGGGCCCGACUGGAAUUACGUUCAACAGAUGAGCCAAACCUUCCGACAAAAUUUGUGGGCUAAUUUGCUAUACAUCAACAAUUACGUGACCGUAGCUGAUCAAAGAUCAAGUUUGAGCAACCCAUCAACAGGGAUGAUUGAAUCGUGGUAUCUUGCCUGCGACAUGCAAAUGUUCUGGGUCAGUCCUGUGUUCGUAUACCCGAUUUGGCGUUGGAAGAAAACAGGAUUAAUAUGGACCAGUGUUAGUUUGUUGAUUUUCCUAGUGAUGAGCACUGUACCUUUCGUUGUGCACGAUAUACCACCCACAGUCUUAUUCAGUAGACCAUCAGCCAUGUUGAAACUUAAUGAAUACUGCCGAAAGCAUUAUCACCAUACUAUUGCCCGAAUUCCUCCAUAUAUUAUAGGAAUUCUUCUUGGAUGGUAUCUGCAUAAAAUAAAAGAUACAAAAAUCAACCUAAAUAAAUAUCUUGCAGUAGCAGGUUGGAUCACAGCCAUUUUACUAGGAUUUACUGUCAUCUAUGGAAUGUUUCCUUACUUGGAUGAGGCCAAGACUCCAGUAAUAAAUCCUGUCAUACAUGUUUUAUAUGGAGCGUUUCAUCGUUCGGCCUGGUCGUUGACCGUCGGUUGGGUAAUAUUUGCCUGCACUCAAGGAUACGGAGGUUGCAUCGAGAUGUUUUUGUCUUCGAAAGUGUUCUUACCUUUGAGCCGGCUAAGCUAUGCUGUCUAUUUGGUUCACUUCACUUUCAUUAAAUCAUACGUAUCUCACAUGCGACAGCCCAUUUACUUAACAGAAUAUUACUUCUUUACGGUGUACCUGGGAAUUUUGCUCAUCGUAUUCACGAUUGCGUCUGUCGUCUCCGUCGUGGUAGAACAGCCGUUUCUCAAUGCUGACAAACUGCUCUUCCCAAGCAACUCAAAGAACCCAUCUGAAACAAAGAAGAAAAUGUAGCCGAAUAAAUUCCAACAGAGCAGAAGUUGAGAGAAUUGCGUGUCUACAGAUGGAUACGUCGUAAUCUACAAAUGUUCUUGAAAUAACGAAUAAAAAAAUACCGUACAUGGAAAUAUAGAAGAAACAGAAUUAUUGGUUC